AUGCAUACCAUAACAUGGUGUGUCACUAAAUCUGAUAAUGUUCAAGGAUUGUCAACGAUGGCGGAAGUCGUACCGCCAACGUCACUUGGUUCGUCUAACGGAUCUCCCGACUCACCAUUAAUUAGUGGCGAAUCAGUCCCAAAGGAAGUUGCUCAACUUGCUGAAAAGUAUCAGUUUUCGAUUAAGGAUGAGCGAAGUAUUCAAAAAGAGGUAAUUGAAUUGAAGAAAAUCAUACGAUCAGCAGUGAAGAAGCAAAUGAGAAUCAAAGCCGGAUAUGUCCAAAUGCAGAAGGCAACAAAUGGAAAGAAGCAGUUGGAUUAUUUAAAGAGAGAGGUUCGAGAUCUCAGCGAUCAGAUUAGUGACAUGCAAGACGAUCUUCAAAUUCUCGAUGUCUAUGAUACGGGUGCUUUUGGUCGGUUAAAUUUAUUAUCAUUUGGCUUAAGUUUUGAUCCAAUUGAUUUGCUAUCUAGGAAAUUCGAUGAGAGGCUAAUAUAUGAUGAAGAGUCAAGGUGCGAUGAACCAAUUUUGGGAGCUACUGGAGCUCCUCUUGAUUUAGCAAGUGAUGUUGAUGUGAAUGAGCGAAGAACUCAUCAUGCCAUUGAAAACUCGAGGCUUUCUGCCCUGCAGUAUGGGAUCAAUCCUUGCUAUUACAAGUACUUUCAGAAAGAUCUUGCCAAGGAAAUGAAGGUGAAAGAUGGUUUGGAGAAGUUUAUGUCAUCCAACACGUCUGCAAGUAGAAGGUAUUUGGAAGAUUCCAGAAACAUGCUCGACGACAGCAAAGCAAAAAUUGCUCUAUUACGUAUGCAAAUAGAGAAGAUUGCACAUCAAGGGCAUGAUAUUCAUUCAAGCAAUGGUAGUGAAGCAAAAUCGCAGUUGGAUAUCGUCAUAGAUGAUCUCCUGUUCCGUUUAUGGAAAGAAGCAGCGAUCAUCGAGGGUGCGAAAAAUAUGGUUAAAAUACUUCGUGCUCAAAGAAAAACUGAUCACCGGAGCCUAAACGAUGCUCAGCAAACACUUAUUCUUUCCGAAGAAAAACUUGAUCUCAUUCUUAUGGCGCUGAGGAAAUACAUUGAACAACUGCCACCUGAGUCCACUCGUCGUAAAGAGUUGCUAAAUGAAAUGGAGGAGACUCGUAUGCCAUCUUCAUCACCUCAUGGACGUUUUGCUGAUCGCCGUUUCAGCCCUCCUGGAUCAGCCCCCAGCAGCCCUCCUUCUGAAGCAUCAUCGAAGACGGCUAGUCUUCCACGAAGCUUGUAUUCCCGGCGACUGAGUACCCUGCCACCGUCACUGGCUGUGAGUGGACGAUUAGAGAUAAGACUGAUAGGGUGCCAGAACUUGGUCAGUGAAGUCCCUGGGCGUCUCCCUCGUGCUGAAGCUUUAGGAGCGACUGCUUCAAGUUCUUUGACAACCGAAACCACAAAAAGCAGUAAAAUUCGGACAUCUUCCACACGCAGUCACAGCACUGUUACACGACAGUCUGACGAAGUCAUAGCUCUCCUGCGAGUGGAUAGUCGGAUCGUUGGACAUACUGAAGCUCGACCGCUCAGCCAGCAGGCAUGGGAUCAGCGAUUUAGCGUAGAUCUAGAUAGGUCGAAGGAGCUGGAAAUAGAAGUGUUUUAUCGUGAUUCACGAUCCAUGUGCGCUUUCACAGCUGUGAAACUGGGAAAUUUCGUUGAGCCGACGGGUCAGGCUGGAAUGGUCCUUCAACUGGAGCCUCAUGGAGACUUAUUUGCAGAGUUCAAAUAUUUGAAUCCGGUGAUCAGUCGUAAACCGAAGCUCGAGCGGCAAAAGCGGUUGUUCAAAGUGAAAGAACGGAAAGAUAUGGCCGGUGUUAAGAAGCAGCUAGGAGUUCAUGCGUUAUCUCGAAUGCUGAAAGGUCGAGAAAAUGAGCCGGUUGUAGACUACGGAACUGCUGGCGUCCAACCAGGUUAUGGUUUUCCUUCAAAGACAUCUACUGUAUCAGCGUCCACUCGUGACGUGAUCAAAGAUCGCACCACUCCCUUUGCGGAUAGUGCUACUAGCAUGAAGGUCACCUAUAUUUCAUUAUUUGUUAGCUUCAUACUGCUUCAGGUCGCCUCUCGGGCUCGCCAUCCAUUCCUGGUGAACUUAUUCGGUUGCUUCCAAACUGCGGAGCAUGUAUUCUUUGUUAUGGAGUAUAGAGAUCUCAAGCUGGACAACCUGUUACUGGAUAAGGAUGGAUUUGUGAAAUUGGCAGAUUUCGGUUUGUGUAAAGAAGGCAUGGGACCUUCGGAUAAGACAAGUACCUUCUGUGGAACACCUGAAUUCCUAGCUCCUGAGGUUCUAACCGAAUCAUCGUAUACGCGAGCUAUCGAUUGGUGGGGCCUGGGCGUGUUGAUUUUCGAGAUGCUGGUUGGAGAACCACCAUUCAGUGGCGAUGAUGAAGAAGAAAUUUUCGAUAGCAUUGUUAAUGACGAAGUUCGAUACCCGAGAUUCCUUUCCAUCGAAAGCAUUUCAAUCAUGCGCCGAUUGAUGAGGAAGAAUCCGGAUAAGAGAUUGGGUGCAGGUGAAAAGGACGCCGAGGAAGUGAAAAUGCAGCGCUUUUUCAAACAUAUUGACUGGCAGUGGGAUCGUCUCCUUCGUAAGGAAAUAACGCCAAAAUUCAUUCCUCAAAUAAAAAAUCCUGAGGAUGUCUCGAAUUUUGACGACGAAUUUACAAAAGAGAAACCACGAUUUUCAUCCGCAAAAGAUAAGCAUAUCAUCACGGAAGCAGAUCAGCAACUUUUUUCGAAUUUUGAUUUCUCUCUAGUAGUCUGA